UAUUUUAUGAAAUUCGAAUUAAAACUGACUAUAAAAUGAUGCUUUGGUGUGAUUGUACAAGUGCAAAUAUUCAACAGACAGAAGUACAAAGAAGAAGUGAUAACGAAUGGCAACUGUAGUACCUGGAGUCGCUCUAAGCUCUGGCGAUGACUUAAUUACCAUUCCAGUCAUCGGCAUGGGAACUUCGUCAUCCCCACCUGCUGGUCAUGAAGCGACGAAGGCUGCGAUCAUCGAAGCGAUCAGGGCAGGUUACCGCCACUUUGACACGGCCUCUAUGUACCGAACGGAGCAGCCUCUAGGGGAAGCAAUUGCCGAGGCCCUGCGUCUUGGUCUUAUAAAGUCUAGAGAAGAACUCUAUAUUUGCUCCAAGCUGUGGUGCAGCUCUGCUGAGAAGGAACUCAUCGUGCCUGAAAUCAAAAUGAGCCUCAGGAAUCUUCAAUUGGACUAUCUUGAUAUGUACCUUAUACAUUGGCCAUUGAAACUGAGUGAAGAGGUACAUCAAAUGCCUGUCAAAAAGGAACAUAUAUUUCCCUUAGACAUCAAAUCAGUCUGGGAAGGAAUGGAAGAAUGCAAGAACCUUGGCCUCACAAAGGCCAUUGGAGUCAGCAAUUUCUCUUCUAAGCACCUUGAGGAGCUCCUAUCCACUGCCAAUAUUCCUCCUGCUGUUAAUCAAGUGGAGAUGAAUCCACUUUGGCAGCAAAAGAAAUUGAGGGAGUUUUGCAAGGCAAAGGGUAUUCAUGUCAUAGCUUACUCACCAUUGGGUGCAUCCAAUACUAAAUGGGGAGACAACAGAGUUUUGGAGUGUGAUGUGCUUCAAGACAUUGCCAAGGCUAAAGGAAAAACCACUGCUCAGAUUUCCUUGAGAUGGCUAUAUGAGCAGGGGGUGAGCUCUGUACCAAAAAGCUUCAACAAGGAGAGAAUGAGACAGAACCUGGACAUCUUUAACUGGUCAUUAACUGAAGAGGAGUCCAACAAGAUAAGUCAGCUUCCUCAACGCAAAGGAAUUACAUUUGCAUCUGUUUUUGGACCUCAUGAUUGGCUGCUUGAGCUUGACGCUGAGGAUAUUUGACAUGAACAGUCGGUCCAAUAUUAUUGAGAAUUCUUCACACCAUAUCUAAGUUCUUACGCCACUAUGCAUCUUUAUGUUGGAUGUUCUCUAGAUGUAUUACAUGUGUGUUGCUUUAAUUUGUAGGUUAAUUUACUUAAUUAGUUUGUUUCUAUAUCAAACAAUAAUUAUUUAAUGUUAUCGAAACUGUAUGAUUGUGAAUGUAAUUAUAUAAAACCUAAAUUAUCAUAA